GUCCUACGCCUCGCUCUCCCCUUGCGCCCGACCGGAUGUUCUUUCCUUUCCCUUCCCUUCCUUCCUUCCCUUAGUCAAUACACUCCUCCUGAUAUCUACACUACUUCCUCUCUCGGAAAGCAAGUACUCCCUCCCUCACUCUUUCCUUAAAAAAACACACACACAACCAUACCACACUAGAACGAAAGACGGAGAGAGAAAGACAUGGCGAGGUCGUCAAUAUCCCGCUUCCAGCAGGUGCUCAACAAACGUCUGUUUAGAGCUCUGCUGGGCUUCACCCUAUUAGGUCUGCUGCUCACAGGGACAACCCUCAUGGCCGAUAGCACAGACCGCGGACGCGCCUUAACGAGGCCUAUCUUGAAAACGGUCAAUGAAGGGAUUGUAAAGUUAAAGGACCUGACUCCGUUGGCGCCACAGUACACGUUCAACCCACAACCACUACCCGAGGAACUAAAGAUCGUGCCGCCAUUAAAAGGCAAUGGGCCACGGAAAAUCUCGCGCGAGCAGGCCAUCGACAAACUGUACCGCAUGGGCCACUACAACUGGCUCGACUACAUAGACUCCCUAGACGAUGACAACCUCGCCCCACUCACAAAAGAGGCCCAGCGGUGGAUAUACGAGUGGCAGAACCCAGACCCGAGUGAAUGCCACACCAAAAAAUUCCUCAUCAGCAACGGCACCGAAAAGGGAUUCGGUCUCGGCGCCCACCUCCACAAGCAGGGGCAUCUGAUGACACUCGCGAGGGAGACGGGCCGCAUCUACAUCCUUGCACCCACAGGCCACUACGACGACCAAUACGCGUUCUCCGACCCAUGCCCGGACCCCCACGACCCAACUCGAACCAUCACCAGCACCGACUGCAUCACCCAACCCGUCUCCUCCUGCGGGAUCCAGCACGCGACACCCGAGAACAGCAUCGCGACCAUGAUUCACUGGGAAACCGACCUCGACGGCAAACAUUUCGACCCGCAGACCAUCUCCCCGUACUGGGAAAAACGCCUCGACGAGCACUUUAAAGGCCAAAAGUUGAGCCGCGCGUUCUACAAAAUCUGGUGGCGCGGCCAAUCCGCAGCCUACCUCUCCCGCCUCAACGCAAAAGCAUCCGACGCCAUCCUCUCCCUCCGCAUGGAACCACGUCUACACACCAAAACCAUGGUUUACCACGACCCCGUCACCAACACCGACACCCCCUUCAACCUCACCACCAACACCACCGCCACCCCGGAAGCCCGCGUCCCGUACCCUCUCCCCCCAAACACAAUCAACCUCCACGUCCGCCACGGCGACAAAGGCGGCGAAAUGUCCCUCAUCCCACUUCAGAGCUACCUCGAUGUCGUCGACACCUACUCCCGCCACAACCCCUACCGCCAAUUCAAACGCAUCUUUGUCUCCUCCGAAGACCCCCAAGUCAUCUCGGACGCACGCACCCACGCCCUCACCCAAUCCCACCCCCCGACCUCCCCCAUCACCGAACCCACCCGCAACUGGGAGGUGUACACCUCCCACAUCCAGCGCAUCGACUCGGGGCCCUUCCAGCAGAUGGAAAAGUACGGACGCACCAACAUGACCAUGCAGUGGUAUCUCCAAUUGUGGAUGGGCCUGGAAUGCGAUGGCUGGGUCGGCACCCGCGGGAGCAAUUGGAACCGCAUCAUUGAUGAGUUUAGGUGUAUCUAUGUCGACAAGUGCCAGCUGCCGUAUUGGGAGGUCGGCCCGGAGAAGGAUUGGGUGGGAUACUUUUGGUAGAUAUUCUGUUACUGGACUCGCCAUCUCGAGUUUUCUCGUGACGCGCUGGCGUUGUGGGAGUGGGG